GACGACCGAGAGGCGGCCCCCCAAGUCGCGAUAUCCAACUUGGACCAGCGGCGCGGGAGAAAACGCAAGAUGUGCGACAAGAUUUGGUGUCGCUCGCAAAACAGCGUCGUUCAGCCUCUGCUCACGGAUUUAUAUCAAAUCACGAUGGCCUAUGCGUAUUGGAAAAACGGAAAAAUGAAAGAUUAUGCAGUAUUUGAUCUAUUUUUUCGAAAAAAUCCAUUCCACGGAGAAUUUACGAUAUUCGCUGGAUUAGAGGAAUGUUUAAAAUUUCUGGAUAAAUUUCAUUACUCAAAUAGUGAUAUCGAGUAUCUGAAAUCUACAAUGCCAGCAUCCGUUGAACCAGAAUUUUUUAAUUUUUUACAAAAUACAACUGCAAAAGAUGUUACUUUGUAUGCCAUUGAAGAAGGAUCUGUGGUAUUUCCAAGAGUACCACUAUUAAGGGUUGAAGGACCUUUAAUAAUGGUACAGCUUUUGGAAACCACACUGUUAAAUUUGAUAAAUUAUGCCAGUUUAAUGGCAACAAAUGCAGCGAGGUAUCGCAUGGUUGCUGGAAAGGCGGUAUCACUACUUGAGUUUGGUUUGCGAAGAGCACAAGGGCCAGACGGAGGUCUUAGAGCUUCUAAAUAUAGUUAUAUCGGUGGCUUUGAUGGGACUAGUAAUGUUUUAGCUGGCAAAUUAUUUCACAUACCAGUAAACGGUACUCAUGCUCAUGCCUAUAUUACUUCUUAUACUAGUUUUAGCGAUUUACAAAUCAAGACGCUGAUUCAUAAACAUACUGGAGAACAACAAGAUCUUUUAGAAUUAUCUUGUCAAUAUCGCAUUAAUAUAGCUGCAGACCUUGGUGCAAUGGUAUCGGAAGCUUCUGAUGGAGAGCUUGCAGCCCUUGUGAGCUAUGCGAUUGCUUUCCCGGAUGGAUUUAUGGCCUUGGUCGAUACCUACGAUGUAAAAAGUGUAGAAGCAUCGGCCAAACAACAAGCAAAUGUAACCGGCCGAAAUCUAACGAAUAAGCUUCUUACUAACGGGAGCAAUAAGUCACCCCGUAAUGGUGCGAAAAACAGUCCAAUUAUAUCUGAUGAACCAACUUGGUCUCCCAAGGGUGGCUUGUUAAGACACGGUGAAUUGGGUGAGCUCUUCGUAAGAAGUGGUUUAUUGAAUUUCUGUGCAGUUGCUCUGGCCUUAAAUGAUCUAGGUUAUAAAGCAGUUGGCAUUCGCAUUGACAGUGGAGACUUAGCCUAUCUUAGUCAAGUAGCCAGAGAGAUUUUUCAAAGGAUUGCAAAGAGGUUUGAAUUAUCUUGGUUUGCUAAGCUUACAAUUGUAGCAUCCAACGACAUUAAUGAAGAAACUAUAGUGAGCUUAAACGAACAGAAUCAUAGAAUAGAUUGUUUUGGUAUUGGCACACAUUUAGUAACAUGUCAAAAACAGCCGGCGCUAGGCUGUGUUUAUAAAUUAGUUGAAAUAAAUGGUCAACCGAGAAUAAAAUUAAGUCAAGAAGUUGGAAAGGUUACAAUGCCUGGCAGAAAAACUGCCUACAGAUUGUACGGAAUGGAUGGACACGCUUUAAUAGAUCUUCUUCAAAGGGUAGACGAAGAACCCCCUCGAGUUGGCGAAAAAGUACUUUGCAGGCAUCCAUUUGAAGAAUCAAAAAGAGCUUAUGUUAUUCCAACAAGAGUUGAAUUUCUGCACAAGAUGUAUUGGAAAGAUGGACAAAUUCUGCAAAAGUUACCUACUCUUGUAGAAACUCGAAAUCGAGUACAAGAAUCUCUGGGCACAUUACGUAAUGAUAUUAAACGAAAUCUUAAUCCAACACCUUAUAAGGUAUCUGUUAGUGAUGACUUAUAUAAUUUUAUACACGAUUUAUGGCUUCAAAAUGCUCCAAUUGGAGAAUUAUCCUGAAGUGAGAAUUUUAAUAAUCAAAGGAUUAGAUAUAUAUAUA